AAAAUGCCACUCACCAUCGAGCAGCUCAAGCAAUAUAAUGAAAAAAUGGCCGCAAAAGGCGAAGAGGACGACGCCCCGGCACCGGUUCUCCUGCUCGACAAGUACCGUGUCCGCGUGCUCCCGCUCACGUCGAUUCCCUUCGUGAUGAAUCAUUCGAGCGUUUCCCAGCUUUCUCUGAGCUCUGAAGAUGUUCUUGUCGUUGAUUUUCCAUCCAAGGGAACAGGAUCAGGAGCAGGAAAAGCGGAGAAAAAGAUGAUUUUCAAAAAGAAAAUUGAGCCAAUGGAAGAUAGUUUUGAGGAUAAAGAAAAUGUGAAUGAAGGUGGACCACUUAUGACGUCAUUUCUCACUUUGGAAAAAUUGAGAAAAGGAAUGGUUGGCGACGUGGAAAUCAUUGGAUACGAGUGUGAAACCAGCUUCUUUGAUGCAAAUCCAAUUCCACUCUCGGACGGGGUGUCUCUUCAGAGAUACAUCCGCCUCAACUGCUCCGAGCAUUUUUCGCCGUCAAUCUCGACACUGCCCGUGUGGAUCUCCACGACCAGCUCGAAAUUCCCAUCGAUUUGCUGGCUCGCCGCCGGCCGCACCAAUCGAAACGUGCAAUUCGCCGCGGCGACCCGUGUUCUCGGCCAUUUCAACAAUGAGAAUAGUGAGAGGGUGGUGAAGCAGCUCAACCAGGCGUGCGGCACAUCUCAGCUCAACAAGUAUCGGGCCGUUUACGAGGAGAUUCGUAAGAUUGCAACGGAGAAUCGACCGGCUCCUGGCGAAGUUACGAUCGAUGUGCGGUGGAGCACAAAGAGUACUCUGGUCCUUCUGGAGCAUCCAGACAAUGCGGCCGACUGCACGAUCAAAAUUGAUUUGGGAUGGGGAGAUAAGCGAUUCUUUGUCGAUGAUGAGAUCUUUGAGCAGCUCUUUUUCGUUCUCAACCUCGCUGAUGUUCUCGCAAAUCCGGAUAACGAGGUGAUCUUCCCAAUGGCGCCACCAGCAAAUUUCGAUGAUCUCGUUCAAGAAAUGGAUGCUCUUGUCGAAGCGAGCUCGCGCGAGGAUAAUGUUUUUGUGUCGAAUGAGAAUUUCAGAGGUGGAGAUAUCACUGACAAAGUGUGGAACAUUGUUCGCAAGUGUAAUGACGUCAAGCAGGUCACUCUGCUCUUCAGAAACUUCCUUCAAGCUCUGGCCUACGGAAAAAUCAAGUCUCACGCGCAAGAGCGGAACAAGAGUCAUCUCGCUUCACUGAUCCGUAUCUCGAAAUCCAGUGAAUUCAAAAUUCCGGUUCUCGAGCGGCUCAGCACAAUUGAUAUGAUGAUGGAAAUUGGUGUGGAGAGCCUGAGACGCCGUGUAAUCGACAUCUUCUCGAGCCAACUUCUCUACCCGAGUGACGAGUUGGAGUUUAUUCUGCAAACUUGCGAAAACGAUUUACCAGCUGGAAAUGGUGCUAUGAACUCGGCCGCCAUCUCGCUGCUCCCCAUCACUAUGGCCUUGGCAACUGCGAAUCGAAUCUAUGAACUUCUCAACGAAAAGGACCACGUCAUCCUUCCCGACCUGACACGUCGAAUCCUCCAAAAGUACACUGCAAGUAUGAUUGAAAAGUCGAGACGCGGUGAAACGGAGACCGAGUACACUUUUGAGACGACCCUCCCGUUGCUUCGUAUGUAUAAGGAGGGAUUCAUGAGCAAGAGACCGUGUAUUUGGACUUGUGAGAACUCGAACACUGUUGGAGCAAAUGUUCAGGCUCGUGUGCUCACCUCCCUCGAGUUGCAGCCAUCUCUGGAGCAUAUCAAUCGUCUUGUGAAUGAUUCUCGUCCAGUUUGGACGGCUACCGAGGAGAAGCCUGCGAUGAUCAAGGAUUUGAAUGCCGAUUACACUGUCGUCCACACUAUUUUCUCGUAUCUUCCAAAAAUGUGAACGUAUCAAUAAUUUAUUUGUUUUAUUCCUGUGAAUUCACAUGUUCCCCGAUUCCCCGAUUGAUUUCUCGCUUUUUAUCAACCCCGUAUUCUUCUGUAACCGGUAUUGUUUUUUCGAUAAAGAUUGAAGUCCCAUUUUCGUAAAAAA